AUUAGCUCAUUUGGCGCCAAAUCCCUAAUUUCAUAACCAAAAUCUCAUCUUCGAUUUCAAAAAUGGAGUUGGAAGAAUGCACGCCCAGUCCACUUCAAAGGGAGCCGCCGGUAAUCCGACGCUUGGACGAGGAGGUGGUCAACAGAAUCGCCGCCGGUGAGGUCAUCCAACGGCCGGUCUCCGCCGUUAAGGAGCUCAUCGAGAACAGCAUCGACGCCGGCUCAACUUCCAUCACCGUGGUGGUGAAAGACGGUGGCCUCAAACUCAUCCAAGUCUCCGACGACGGUCAUGGAAUUCGAUAUGAAGAUCUUCCAAUUUUAUGUGAAAGGCAUACAACCUCUAAACUGAGUAAAUAUGAGGACUUACAAUCUAUCAAAUCCAUGGGAUUUAGAGGCGAGGCGUUAGCAAGUAUGACGUAUGUUGGUCAUGUGACAGUUACCACCAUAACUAAAGAUCAAUUACAUGGAUACAGGGCAACUUAUAAAGAUGGUGUGAUGGGGUGUGAACCAAAAGCAUGUGCAGCUGUUAAAGGCACUCAAAUUAUGAUAGAGAAUUUGUUUUAUAACAUGGCUGCUAGGAAGAAAACACUUCAGAAUUCCGCUGAUGACUACCCAAAGAUAGUCGAUUUAAUUUGCCGGUUUGCCAUCCAUCACACGAGCAUAAGCUUCUCUUGCAGAAAGCAUGGAGCUGCUAGAGCAGAUGUUCAAUCAGCUUCUAAAUCCUCGAGGCUUGACGCAAUCAGAUCUGUCUAUGGGGUAUCAGUUGCACAAAACCUUUUGAAGAUAGAAGUCUCUGAUGAUCCAUCGAGUUCAAGUUUCAAGAUGGAUGGAUUUAUUUCUAAUUCUAACUACAUCGCAAAGAAGAUAGCUAUGGUGCUAUUCAUCAAUGAUAGACUCGUGGAGUGUGGUUCUCUAAAGAGAGCAAUCGAGAUUGUUUAUGCUGCUACAUUGCCAAAGGCAUCCAAACCUUUCAUCUACAUGUCAAUCAAGUUGCCACCUGAACACGUUGAUGUAAAUGUGCACCCAACUAAGAGAGAGGUAACCCUCCUGAACCAAGAAAUUAUAAUUGAGAAGAUACAAUCUGCUAUUGAGUCAAAAUUGAGGAAUUCCAAUGAGUCGAGGACAUUUCGAGAACAGAAAGUGGAUCCUUUAGAUAAUUCAGUUUCUACGAGCAAGGCUGCCUCAACUCCUCCCUCGUCUUUUGGAACAAAGCCACAAAAAGUUCCCGUGCACAAAAUGGUAAGGAUGGAUUCCCAGGAUCCUGCAGGAAGGUUGGAUGCAUACCUGCAGAGCACACAGUCUAGUCAACUGCAACGAAGUUCUUGCUUGGCCUCCAUGAGGUCUUCAAUCAAAGAAAGGAGGAACUCCAGGGAGACUGCAGACCUUACUAGCAUUCAGGAACUUAUCAGAGAGAUUGACUCUAGCUGCCACACUGAGUUGCUGGACCUUGUUGGACACUGCACGUACCUUGGGAUGGCAGACGAUGUUUUUGCUCUGCUGCAGCACAACACUCAUCUGUAUCUAGCUAAUGUGGUCAACUUGAGCAAAGAGCUCAUGUACCAGCAAGUUUUACGUCGAUUUGCACAUUUUAGCGCAAUUCAAUUGAGUGUUCCCGCUCCUCUACGGGAAUUAGUAAUGCUGGCUCUAAAGGAGGACGAGUUGGAACCUGAAGGCAUUGAACAUGAAAACCUGAAAGAAAAGAUAGCAGAAAUGAAUACUAAUGUGAUCAAGGAGAAAACUGAGAUGUUGGAGGAAUACUUUGGCAUUCAUAUUGACCCGGAUGGUAAUUUGUCCCGGCUGCCCAUUGUACUUGACCAAUACACACCUGAUAUGGAUCGUGUUCCAGAGCUUAUUCUUUGUUUGGGCAAUGAUGUUAAUUGGGAUGAUGAGAAGGACUGUUUUCAAACAAUCGCUGCAGCUAUUGCGAACUUCUAUGCCUUCCAUCCCCCUUUGUUGCCAAAUCCAUCAGGUGAGAGCUCACAAUUUUAUAAAAGAUCUCCUUCUGGAGAUCCUGUAGAAGGAAGUACGUCACACAGUGCUGAUGACAUACCAGAAGAACAAAUUGAGCAAGAUCUAUUUUUGGAGGCUGAAAGAGCUUGGUCUCAGCGCGAAUGGUCGAUUCAGCAUGUUUUGUUUCCCUCCAUGAGGCUCUUCCUCAAGCCUCCUACAUCAAUGGCUACAGAUGGAACUUUUGUCAAGGUGGCAUCAUUGGAGAAACUCUACAAAAUUUUUGAAAGAUGCUAACCAGAGCAUUAGUCUUCUCGCUGCUGCGUCAGCUGUACAUGAUAUCAUUUUCGCCUCUCGGAAAGAUGAGCUAGAAUGGUGGAAGUUUGUCCCGGGCUGUAUAGACAAUGGUCCAACUCAUCUUUCCGAGAUUGAAAAUUUUAUUUCGUGCCAUAUUUGCAAUUUUUUUGGGAUGUACUAGGAUUCUUUUCAUAUUAAAGCCAUUUUGUAAUCCGUUACUAAAGUAGAGGACAUAAAAUUCCAUGGCAUGUAAGUAAACACGAUCAAUACAAAAUCUGUAGUGGUUAUGAAAUAGUACUAAUUGUUGCUGAAUAA